AUGGGUUCUCAACCUUCAAAGGGUGGUGAGGUGCAGGUGUUUCAACCACAGACUCAAAUCGAUUUUUCGGAAGCAUUGCUUGCUCAGUUGGAGUCUUCGAAGGAGAGCGACUACAGCAGAAGACAGCUGGCUGAGAGAUAUGUGGAGCAGAGAGUCUCUGAUAGACUAUCUGAGUUGGAAGAGGAUACACUGAAAAAAUUUGAGAACAGGCUGGAGAGCUCGUUAUUAAAGGGCGAUUCUUCGGAUGGUGAGGGUUCGUCUCUGUCAUCCGCAGCUUUGAAUGAAAAGAUCGAGCAAUUGAACCAAAAGCUAGGCCUGUUCCAAGAGAGGGACGAUGCCCAAAGGGCUAAGUACGCUGAUGGUGACGCGAGAAAGGCUUUGCAUAAGUGUCUGCUCGAGAAUAAAGGCAAGCCGUUGAACUGCUACGAGGAGAUAGAGCAGUUCAAGAAGCUUGUGUUUAGUUAG